UGUCUUUUCUGAAGGGGUAGCCUACAUGUGCUUCUGUACUUCCUGGAAGAAUGACAGAUGACAAAGACAUACUUAGAAAAGUGUGGUUUGGGCGAAUACCAACCUGUUUUACUCUGUAUCAAGAUGAGAUCACUGAAAGGGAAGCUGAACCUUACUAUCUGCUGUUACCUAGGGUUAGCUACCUGACACUUGUAACAGACAAGGUGAAAAAACAUUUCCAGAAAGUUAUGAGACAAGAAGAUGUUGUAGAAAUAUGGUUUGAAUACGAAGGCACACCACUGAAAUGGCAUUACCCUAUUGGCUUGCUCUUUGAUCUUCAUGCAUCAAAUUCAGCUCUUCCUUGGAAUAUCACAGUACAUUUUAAGAACUUUCCAGAAAAAGACCUUCUCCAUUGUCCCUCUAAGGAUGCUAUUGAAGCUCAUUUCAUGGCUUCUAUAAAAGAAGCAGAUGCUCUAAAGCAUAAAAGUCAAGUUAUCAAUGAGAUGCAAAAAAAGGAUCAUAAGCAACUUUGGAUGGGAUUACAAAAUGAUAAAUUUGACCAAUUUUGGGCCAUAAACAGGAAACUCAUGGAGUACCCUCCAGAAGAUAGUGGAUUUCGCUACAUCCCAUUUAGAAUAUAUCAGGCAACAACCGAGCAACCUUUUAUACAGAAACUGUUCCGUCCUGUUGCGACAGAUGGACAACUAAAUACUCUGGGAGAUCUCCUAAAAGAAGUUUGUCCUGCUGCUAUUAAUCCUGAAGAUAGUGAAAAGAACCAAGUGGUGAUUCAUGGAAUAGAACCAAUGUUGGAGACACCACUACAGUGGCUAAGUGAACAUAUGAGCUACCCUGAUAAUUUUCUGCACAUUGGUGUCCUUCCCCAACCUGCGGAUUGAAGUGUUGGCUUGUAUGUAUGAAGAUCGUGGAUUGGAACUGCAAAGUCAACUAUUAACUUCCAUCAGUCAUGAUGGGGACAACCUGACCAGAAAACUUUC